AUGUCGCUGGCGGGGGAGGUCGUUGUCAACAGAAGCCUCUACUGCUUCGAGCACAGCUCCGGCCGCCCCACCUCCUCCGGCGUCUUCGCCGGCGACGACCCCCUCAAGUUCUACUUCCCCCUCCUCCUCUACCACAUCUGCAUCAUCUUCAUCCUCUCCCACGCCAUGUACGCCGUGUUCCGCCGUGUUGGCAUCCCGCUGGUCAUCUCCCAGAUCCUCGCCGGCACGCUGCUGGGGCCGUCGAUCCUGGGCCACUACCUCCCACACAUCGGCGAGGUCUUCGCCACGCCCGAGGGUUGGGUGCAGAUCAACACGGUCGGCGGCUACGCCUUCACGCUCCAUAUCUUCACCAUCGGCGUCAAGACGGACCUCGGCAUGAUCGUCAAGUCCGGGAAGAAGGCCAUCGCCAUCGCCGUCCUUGGCACCGCCGCUCCGCACCUCGCCAUGUACGUGACGGCCCUCGCGCUCAGCGAUCGCAUCCCCAAGCAAUGGACCGACACCUUCCUCCUCACCAACCUUAACUCCUGGUGGUCGCUCUCGGCCUUCAUCGUGGUCUGCUGCACGCUGGAUGACCUCCACCUUCUCUCCUCCAAGCUCGGCCGCCUCGCCAUGUCCGCCGCCCUCAUCGGAGACUUCGCCAACACCUUUGCCAUCGCCGGCGUCACAUCCUACCUCCUCCAGGCAAGCCCCGAGGAGAAGCUGCAGCGGAUUGGCUUCGCCUCGUCGCUCUCAUUCACCGUCUUCAUCGCGCUCAUGGGGCUGGUGGCGCGGCCGGUGAUCCUGCGGCUGAUCAGGGACGUGCCGGAGGGCGGCAUCCUCUCUGAGUCCCGCCUUGUCGCCGUGCUGCUCAUCUCCAUCACGUGCAGCUUCGCCGGCGAGCUCCUCGGCCUCCACGCGACGUACGGGCCGUUCAUGCUGGGGCUCAUGCUCCCCGGCGGCGCCCCGCUGGGUGUGACCCUGGCGGAGCGGCUGGACCGGCUCGUCGCCGGCGUGCUGACGCCGCUGCUCAUCGCGCAGGGAGGGAUGCGGAUGAACGUCCACAUGAUCACGGACGCCUCCACCUGCGGCCUCCUGGAGGUGUUCUUGGUCGUCGGCAUCGUCGCCAAGUUUGUGGCGUGCAUGGUGCCGUGCUUGUACUGCCAGAUACCGGUCCGGGAAUCCGUGGCCGUCGGCCUCAUGAUGAACUUCAAGGGCAUCACGGAGGUGGUGUACGCCUCGGCGUUCAUGGACUCCAAGGUGCUGGACGACCAGGCGUACGCGGCCUUCAUGAUCAACGUGCUGGUGGUCGGCGCCGCGACAGGGGCGGCAGUCAAGUACAUGUACCACCCGGAGGAGAAGUACGUGGCGAACCAGCGGCGCACGGUGGAGAGCAAGAAGGUCGGCGAGGAGCUCCGGGUGCUGGCGUGCGUCCACUCGCAGGUGGACGUGGCACCGGUGGUGGCGCUGCUUGACGCGGCCAGCCCGACGCCGACGACGCCGGUCUCGGUGUACCUCCUCCACCUUCUGCCGCUCGCCGGGCUCACCAGCUCUGUGCUCCGCUCCUUCAAGCACAGCGACCGGCACUGCGUCCCGACGGGGUCCAAGGCCACCGAGUCGGAGCGCGUCGUCAACGCCUUCCAGUUCUUCGUGGACCAGCGGCAGCAGGGCUCCUCGUCGCUGCUGCCAUACGUGUGCAUCGCGCCCUACGCCACCAUGCACAACGACGUGUGCACCGUCGCGCUCGAGAAGCGCGCCAUGCUCAUCAUCGUGCCCUUCCACAAGCGCCUCGCCAUUGACGGCUCCGUGGAGCCCACGUCGCCCAACGCCGGCGCCAUCCAGGACACCAACAUCAACAUACUCAACUACGCGCCCUGCUCCGUCGCCAUCCUCGUCGACCGAGGCAGCCUCUCCGGCGUGGCCAGCACCGCGUCCAUCGACACCAUCGACGGAUUGUUCCCGCAUCGCGUCGCCAUGUACUUCCUCGGCGGGCCGGACGACCGGGAGGCGAUGGCGCUGGCGGCGUACAUGGCGGAGGACGCGCCGAUCGGCCUCACCGUGUUCCGGUUCCUGCUGCCGAUAGAGUGGCAGCAGCGGCUGGACCCCGAGGAGGACGAGCUGGACGACGAGGCGACGCAGGAGUUCGUCGACCGGUGGGUGGACGACAACCGGGUCAUGUACAGCCAGCACACCGUCGGCGGCUCCCACGAGAUGGUGGACGUCAUCCGGAACACGAGCGUGGCGUUCGACCUGCUCGUGGUCGGCCGGCGAGCCGAGAGCGUCGAGUCGCCGCUGACGGCCGGCAUAUCGGACUGGAGCGAGCACCUGGAGCUCGGCGUUCUCGGGGACCUGCUCACGUCCGCCGACUUUGGAUCCCGGUUGUCCACGCUGGUCGUGCAGCAGCAGACCAUGGCGGCCGCCGGUGAGCUGUACCCCGUUUGA